AUGCCCCGGCAAAAGGGCGUCAAGUUCCAGCAUCGGUCGAACAGCAAUGGCAACGGCAACGGCAACGGCAAUGGUAAUGGAAACCACCACCGUCGACAAAGCUCUUCCGCUACUAGCGACUCUGCCUCUGAACCCCCGAGCCCUCAGAGAGAUCACCACAACAGCAGCACUAAUGGAAAUAUUGUGAAGGGCGAAAAGCCAGAUCAAGCGUCCGAGUACGAGAAAAAGAAGCAGACUUUUAUAACACGGACAAUAUGGACACUGGCGAUGAUAGGUGGUUUUUUCGGCGCAAUGUUUGCGGGUCACGUCUAUGUCCUAAUGGUCAUUACUGCUGUCCAGAUCGUUUCCUUCAAGGAGGUGAUCGCUAUCGCGCAAGUUCCGACCAAGCAGAAGAAUCUCCCUUUGACAACCUCUUUGAACUGGUACUUCUUGGCUAUCACCAUGUACUUCCUGUACGGCGAAAGCGUCAUCUAUUACUUCAAGCACAUCCUGUUGGUGGAUAAAGUCUUGCUGCCUUUUGCGACCCAUCAUAGGUUCAUCAGCUUCAUGAUGUAUAUAUUCGGAUUCAUGUCCUUUGUCGCCUCGCUGCGGAAAAACUAUUAUCGGUUUCAGUUCGCCCAGUUCGCCUGGACUCAUAUGGCACUCUAUCUGAUUGUCGUCCAAGCACACUUCAUGAUGAAUAACGUCUUUGAAGGCAUGAUAUGGUUCUUCCUUCCCGCGUCGUUGGUCAUCACGAACGAUAUCUUUGCAUACAUCUGCGGCAUCACCUUUGGCCGUACCCAACUUAUCAGCCUCUCGCCUAAGAAAACUGUCGAGGGAUUUGUUGGAGCUUGGAUCUGCACAAUCUUCUUCGGCUUUGCGCUCACCAACAUCCUGAUGCGCUACAAAUAUUUCAUUUGUCCCGUCAACGAUCUCGGUGCAAAUAUCUUUACUGGUCUCGAAUGCGACCCCAAUCCGGUUUUCAAAGCCUACCCGUACAACAUCAAAGACUGGACUGGCUUCGACUACACAUUCUGGAUCGCCCCUAUACAGUUCCAUAUUCUUGUCUUUGCAUCAUUCGCUUCGCUGAUCGCUCCCUUUGGAGGUUUCUUCGCCUCGGGACUGAAGCGAACCCUUAAGAUCAAAGAUUUUGGCGACAGUAUCCCGGGUCACGGAGGUAUGACUGAUCGCAUGGACUGUCAAUUCAUCAUGGGUUUGUUUGCCUACAUGUACUACCAGAGCUUCAUUGCUGUGUAUAAGACGUCAGUGGGCGGUGUGCUCGAGACCGCCAUUAUGGGCCUCACCCCCGAAGAGCAGGUGGAACUUGUGAGGAGACUGGGGUGGUACUUACAAGGCCAGGGCAUUAUCUCGGAUAAGAUUGGACAAUGCUUGGACCUGGCUCUUCCCAAGAGAUGA